GCCCCCGCACCCGUGCUGCGAGUGGGUGUUGCUGACGUGGUGAUGGCGCGGGGGCGGCCGGGUGCGGGUCGCGGGCUGGUGGCGCUUGCUGACGUGGCUCCCGGGGAGGUGCUGCUCAGUGUGCCGCUCAGCCGGGUCUUCAGCAGCCAGCCGAAUUCGGAGCUGCAUUGGUCGGCUGACAUGGCUCUGCGGCUGCUGCGGGCGAGACACCGAGCACAAACAGAAGCAGCAGCCAGGGCCGCAACAGCAACAGCAGGGGAGGGUGAAGUGUCGUUGUCUGCAGCCAGGGACGUGCAUGCUGUUGAUGAGGAUAUGGAAGGAGAGGAAGGAGAGGGGCUGGAGGAGGAUGAGGAGGAGCAGGUGGACUGGGGUCCGUGGAUCCGGAUGCUGCCCUCUGCCGUACGUACACCACUAGAGUACGACGAUGCGGAGGUACGGCAGCUUGGCUGUCCGUACGUCAUUGAAGAGGUUCGAGCCAUGCAGCAGUGCAUGCGUGACUGCUAUGAGGUAGUGCGACAGGAGGUCGAGUCUCUGGGUUGUGGCUGGAAGGACUUCUUGUGGGCAGUGCAGGUACGAAUCAGAGCUGCUGAGGGCAGAAUGAUGCGACUGAUGAUGGG